AGGACAUCCACUUAUCAAACUAGACAGGAUGGUCCUAUCAUUUAUCCUUGUCCAGAAUCGCCAGGGGAAGACGCGGCUUGCCAAAUGGUACGCUCCGUACAGCGACGAAGAGAAGGUCAAGCUGAAAGGCGAGGUCCAUCGCUUGGUAGCUCCGAGAGACCAGAAAUACCAGUCGAACUUUGUUGAAUUUAAGCGGAGUACGAAGAUCGUAUACCGGCGAUAUGCGGGGUUGUUCUUCUGUGCCUGCGUCGACGCAACUGAUAAUGAGUUGGCCUACCUGGAGGCUAUCCACUUUUUCGUCGAGGUUCUGGACCAAUUCUUCGGAAACGUCUGUGAGCUAGAUUUGGUGUUCAACUUCUACAAGGUAUAUGCUAUUCUGGACGAGGUGUUCCUUGCGGGUGAAAUUGAGGAGACGAGCAAGCAGGUUGUGCUCACGAGGCUGGAACACUUGGACAAACUGGAAUGAGAAGAAAGCAGUAUCGAGAAGGGUGGACUGCAAGAGGUGCGGAGGCAGAUGAAAUCUUGCUCCAUGCCUGUGCGGCUUCGAUUUGGCUUCAGUUGCAUAUAUGACCACGGGCUAUGGUCAUCACAGGAGUUAGGGCUUUCUUGGAUUUGGUUCUUUUUAUGCGGGGUUUUUUUUCCCUCCUGCACUGCUACAUACCUCUAGCGCUCGUCUGAAACUUCCUCAGGGCGGUAUCUAAUGUACAAAUUCUAAUUCCC